AGUUAAGCACAUCUAGCAAAACUAACAGAUUUUGGAGUAUUUCUUACCAAGCAGAUCUCAGCGUGAAAGAACUAGUUUAUUUUUUACACAAAAAGCGUUAUACCACUUUUAAAGUUUACAUUUUGUUUUAAAAGCCGCUGUUUGCUUAAACCAAUAUAAUAUAUCGUUGUAAUUGAAAAAAACUUCUUAUACUAGCACCAACACGCAUUGAAGUCAUAAUUAUUUUUUCUUUAUGCAAACAAGUUUUCAUUUACUGUCCAACAACUUAAAAAUUUCCAUCUUUGCAGGAAAAAGCACCAAAUGGACACCAACUGCAUGAAGUUAACAUAAAAUGUGCAGUGUCAAAAAAAAGCCGGCGAAAAAAUUAUUAGUAUGACAUCAAAGUCAGAACUAGUACAUAUAUAGAUUCUGAACAAACAAUUUAAAUUUAAAAUUUUCAUUUGUACUAAAACAUCUUCAAAUGGUUGUAUUUUCCACUAUAAUGUAAGUUUGUUUUAUGCUGUGGAGUAUUAGCUCAUAAACUAUGGACCCAUCCCGAUUGAUAUCCUUAAGUGAUAUUUGUUGAGCCGUGAUCUCUUAAGUCAUAACUUUUUAAUUAUAACCAGGUUAUAGUUAUAAUUUUAAUACUAAUUAGUGGCAAUAGUUAGUGAUGAGUAGUGAGACAGCAGGUAGUUACCCAGUUAUCGAGAUCAGUCCGACCAGAAGAUCUUCGUCCUCCCAGGAGGGAAAGCAGCAGCUGCAGCAGCAACAGCAAUACAGUUACUACAAAUGUGCAGUCAAGUUCAUAGACGACAAUGACAAUGCCGACUUCACUUUUGAGAAGGAGGAAGCUGGGUCGAAACUGCUCCAGGAUGUGUGCAACAAACUCAAUAUCAUCGAAAUGGAUUACUUCGGACUGAGAUUUGUGGACAGAAACGGGCAGAGGCACUGGUUGAACCCCGUGAAACAGAUCACGAAACAACUGUCUCAAUGUGUGGCUCCUUACCUCUUGUGUUUCCGCGUGAAGUAUUACCCCUCCGACUUGUCAAUCGUACACGAAGACAUCACCAGAUACCAGUUGUUUCUGCAAGUGAAACGCGACUUGGAACACGGCAGACUGUUGAGCACCAGAAGUGAGGCUGCCCUUCUCUGUGCAUAUGUGUUGCAAGCGACAUUGGGUCCGUACGACGAGCAAGACCUGUUGCCGGGAUAUUCAAAAGAGAUGAAGUUGGCGGCCGCCUUCAAAGACCACGAGUUCCACGACACAGUCGAACAGUACCAUCGGGACAAAAUGACAGAUGUGAGCACGAGUGACGCUGAGAGGAGCUUUCUGCUGUUUACAGCCACCAUGCAGACAUACGGAGUGGAUCCAUACCCCUGCAAGAGUGACCAGGGCACCCCACUGCACUUCAGCUUCACCUGGAAGGGCCUCUGUCUGUUCGAGAGCAACAAACUGGCCAGACUGUUCCCCUGGUCCAAUGUAGUACGCAUGACCAUAGAUGGAAAGUUUCUCAAGGUGGUGGCGAAGGAGAGGGGCACAGUGAAGCCAUACAAGACACUGUUCGACUUCGGGAGUGAGACGAAUGCGAAGCACGUGUGGAGCAGUGCAGUGGAACACAUGGUCUUCUUCACCCAAGAAGCGGGCAAGACUCCCAAGAAGAUCAGGUCCAGUCGAUCUCUGUUCAAAAAAGGAUCUUCUCUCAAAUUUAGUGGUCGCACAGCUGAUCAAUUGAGAUCCACUAGCCUCGGCAGAAACGCCCCGAAGUUUGAGAGAACACCUUCGAUGCGGGAGAGAAGCAGAGUUGUGGAGCGAAGUCUGGACAGAUCAGCGGCCACAUCCAGACGCAGUUUCCUGCUGCUGUCUCCGAACCCCUCGGUCGACAUGUCCAACGGCAAUCACCACCUCAACACAAUCACGACUCUAAACGACAUGUCAAACUACGACAGUGACACCACUUCACGACACUCUUCUGUCAUACUUGGAGGAAAAGAUCGAGGCGGAGGCGGAGAACGAGGAAGAGGGGGAGGAGGGGGAGAAGGAGGGGCAGUGGGAGGAGAACGAGGAAUGGGGGGAGGAGGGGGAGGGGGAGGGGCAGUGGGAGGAGAUCGAGGAAUGGGGGGAGGAGGGGGAGGGGGAGGAGUGGUGAAUCAGAAUGGGACAGGAGUGCACUUGGACUACAUGACGUCAUCGGCGACACUGCCGAGACAGAGUACGAGGAACCAAUCAGAGUGGAGAGGGGGCGAACUCUACCCGAAUGGAUCUCUGAGUGGGGUAGGGGGGAGUGUGGGCGCGAGUGGGGAUUCUUUUGAGUCUAAGGAGGAGGGGAAGGGGGAGGGGGAUGAGGAGUGGAGGAGACAUAGCAGUGCAAUGUAUAUGAAUGGACAUGGAGUAUCUGUGGAUAGCGGCUACUCCACUUCCUCCUCAAAAGCGACUCCAUCGGCCGAUGAUCAGAUGACGCCGACACUCAAUGGUUCAAAUAGAAGCAAAGAUGAGUGGACGAGAGCGCAACUGCUUACGAACCAGCUGAGAAGCAACCUGGCAGCGCCCUCCAGACCAGACUCCAUCACAGACCAGCCCAUGUUCAACACUCGCGACAGCACCCUCGACAUCACACAGUCUUUCCAGCAGAACUUAUCCCACAGUCCAGAGAAGUUCGGCCGAACGAUCAGCCGAGACACACUACAAACCCGGAGCAGCAACCGAAGCAGCACGCGAACUAGCACGGCUAGUAGCGAGGACGAGUUACCCUCAGUCGGCGAAUUGCGCCGAUCAAUUCAAAAAUUCACUGGAGAUCAGUUGUCAGAACCCGAAGUGGUCGUCUCAACCCGGCGAUCUGCUUCGGAGUUGAUGCAGGCUCCGAGGGCGAAGCUACUUGAAGCCGAAGACUCACGAAAGAGUCCGAAACUUCUGAAAAGCUCCUCAGGACGACUUAAAAACUCAUCCGGUAACACUGUAUACGACACGCUUAUUACGCAAUCUAAGCAGGAAUCGACAGAAGCGAGUUCCCCGAAAACGUCGUAUAGAGUUUCGGUAAAAUCUGAUGACGUAAAAAAACGCCGACACGUGGUGGAAAGUUCCAUCACUGCUACAAGUGUCGGGAAAGUCGAAGCAAAAAUCGACGACAUUUUUCCAUUAGAUGACGAAAUUAUUGGGAAGAAUUUCGAAGCUUUUGACGAGGGUAGCCCAAAAAACGAAGUCAACGAAUGGUCAUUCAAAUCGUUGUUUUACGAGGCUUAUUUUAUACUCGGUGUUGUUUGUGGAAUUCUGUUUCUAACUGUCUUAAUUGCGGAAACGGAUGAGCCGAAAGUGCUUUCGGAAAACCGAGAACCAACUACCGAGGCAGAGCAAGCAAUAGUGGCGACGAACAGUUUCGCGUCGUACGUUCGGCAAACGUAUUUGUUCUCGGCUUUCUACGACGGAUUUUACGCGCCGUUCAGAGCUUUUCUGGUGCAUUAUCUUUCUUGGAUGUUCCAAACAUAAACAAGACGGACUUUCUUCUUGAUUUUGUAUUGGUUGAACCCUUCAUAAGUAUACGGUAACCCCCAUGGCAAAAAGACCGAGUAGUAGAAAUAACAGAAAAUGCAGAGUUUGGAACCAUCAUUCAAAAAGAUUAUUAAAAAAUCAGAGGAAUAUUUGUCAAUAAAUUAGUCAUUUUCAGACAGCAGUGGAUCUAGGAUGCUCUCGUUAUGGAGGAGAGGGCUCCGAACUCCUCUUCCAGACCAGACCACUAAAAAACUUCUUUUAAAAAUUAGGGACGGUGGGACAAAAAGUGAUCUCUUGAAAAUAACCAAGGGGGUACUUGAACUUGUCACUAUUGUCAUGAUUAAAGUCCCCAUAAUAAAAACACACAACUGCAGUAUGGUGAAUCUUCUGGUAACAAACUCACAAUGCAUUUUUAGUUGAUAACGCCGUGAUUGCACGAGAACGGCUCUGUUAUUUGUUAACACAUACUAUCUUUUUUUUUAAAUUAAAUUGAUUUAGCAAUUGAUGACUGCCGGAAAAAGUUAUUUAAAUUUGAAUUAUUAGUUUCUGAUCAAAAUGUCACAAAGAAUAAUUUAAAUUUCCU